AUGUUCACAGGUAGUCCGAAAGGGAAAGUCUUUGAGGAACGAGAAGAUACGAUUCGAGAUUUGGAGAUACGAUUCGAGAUUUGGAAUUUGAGAUUUACCCGGAGAAUGGAGUCCAGAGAGGCAGAGACAAUUUUGCGGACUUUAGAUUUUAGAUCUUCGGUGCCCAGUACCCAGCAGUCAAAACUUGCACUUUCGCACUGUCGGUUUCAAUCACGAUUCAAUGACUCGAGUCUUCCAGAUCAAAAUGCUGAGAGCCUUCCCAAUGAACAGAUGAUAACUCCGAGCCGUUCGAGUAGUUUGAAUGUACCAUGCAAGCCGGACGAUCUGAGUCUUUGGAUGCCCCUUCUCCACUUUCGGACCAGUGGAUCUUCUGUCAAUCCAGAUAAAACUAAAAUAGUAGGUUGCGUGGAUGCCACUGGAUGCCACUGGAUGCCGCUGGAUGCCAAUGGCAAAAACGUGAUCGUAAUAAGAUUGGUACCUGGUCGAGUACCUUAA